UUCUAUUCAAUUCGCUAAUAUAUUUAUUCGUCAAUAAUACAAAAUUAUUUCGAGAUCAAUUCUAUGAUCCAUUUUAUGAAUACUACCUCGAAAAAAAAAAAAAUUAUAAGAACGUAUGAUAAAAAUAUUAUGAUUUAAAGAUAUAGUUUUGAAAUAGACAAUCAAUACGGAAUGAUGCGACCUAGUCGAAACGCGUUAUCCGUACUAUCGAUAGACAUGGAUAAAUAAAAAGAAACGUAGUUAGAUAAAACACUUGAGAAAAAUAGAUCGCGAACGAUGAUAUACCUGGUAUGAUUAGUUUAAAGAAUUAAGAGAAAUGAAAGGGGGUAGGGAGAGGAGACGAAGAGGAAUGAAAUCACGAUGACAGGUUGUGACGAUUUGUCGAGGUAUAAAUGCUUGACACACUAACGCCGAACUAUCAGAAUCUAUUUUCAAUUUGUACGAGACAAAUAUAAGAUCGCCAAGAAUGAAGAACUUAUUCGUUGUUAUCAAUGUACUGGUAGCCGCUGUGUCAGGUGUGCCAAGUGAUUUGCCAAGGAUAACGGGCCGAAUAUUUCCAGAGGGACGUAUAAUUGGCGGAGAAAACACUAACAUUAUACAGGCCCCACAUCAAGUUAGUAUUCUGAUAUUAGGCUCACAUUAUUGUGGCGGAAGCAUAAUCAAUAAGGAAUGGAUUCUCACGGCUGGACAUUGCGCUGGGAAACCCUUAUCCUAUUAUAGCGUACGUACUGGAUCGGACAAGUCUACUUCCGGUGGUAUAAUCAAUAUUGUGUCAGGAAUAUACCAACAUGAAAACUUUUCAUCUACCUCUAAGGGUGUACCAUUAAAUGACAUAGCCCUUAUUCGUUUAUCCAUGCCUAUUGAAGAAAACGAGACGCAAAAAUCUGUAACAUUAUUUUCAAAAGAUGAAAAGGCCGAACCAGGAAGCAUCGCAAUUAUCACGGGCUGGGGUAAAACAGGACACGGUAUGCCAGAGUUUCUACAAACAGUGACAGUUCCUGUCAUCGAGAAAGUCGAUUGUUACAAAGCUUAUGAAAAAUUAUUCGGUGGUAUUGGUGAAAAUCAAAUCUGCGCGGCUUAUCCCCAAGGUGGAAAGGAUGCUUGCCAAGGUGAUUCUGGCGGUCCAAUGACCAUAGGCGGUCGCCAAGCUGGUAUAGUUUCUUGGGGUAAUGGUUGUGCGCUUAAAGGAUAUCCCGGUGUGUAUACCGAAAUCUCCAAAUAUCACGACUGGAUCACUAAGAUAACCAAUCUCGAAUUUCCCCUUUCCUAUCUCAUCUCUUCCCCAUCCCUAUCUCUACCCUCUAUGUUUGCCCACAUAACUUUACAUCUGUACCUAUUUGACACGUCUACGUCGGACGAUACCGAAUGCAUCAAACAAACGAAAGAAAUCAACAUGUUCGUACAAUUAACAAUUGUUUUCCUCAUUGCUGUUGCAGCUGCGGAUCCUAUUCCGAGGGUCCCAGUUUUGAAUCCUUACACGCCAAACGGUCGUAUCGUCGGUGGUGAAGAUGUCCAAAUCGAGGAAGUACCUCAUCAAGUACUUCUACAGGCAUUUGGUUUUGGUUUCUGCGGUGGUAGUAUCAUUGAUAAAAAUUGGGUCCUUACAGCAGGUCAUUGUGCGAGUUAUUCACCAUCGACAAUAACUAUACGUGCUGGAACAACUACAAAGACUUCAGGAGGUAGUCAACAUAAGGUGGCAAAGAUCAUCAGACACGAGGAAUACAGCACCAACAAGUAUGGUGUUCCUGAAAAUGACGUGGCAUUGAUCCGUUUAGAAGAGCCAUUUAAACUCGAUGAAAAACGUCAACCGAUUUCUUUGUUCAAUGCAUCCGAAGAAUCUGUUCCUGGAGUAAAAGCUACGAUCAGUGGUUGGGGUGCAAUUUAUCAAGGUGGUGCAGCUUCGGAAAAACUUCAGAUCGUCCAGGUUCCAGUGGUCGCUAAGGCAAAAUGCAAUGAGGCUUAUGCCUCGUUCGGUGGGGUACCAGCUGGACAAAUUUGUGCGGCUUAUCCAGAAGGUGGUAAGGAUGCUUGCCAAGGUGACUCUGGUGGUCCUCUUACUAUCGAUGGUCGAUUGGCUGGUAUUGUCUCCUGGGGUAAUGGUUGUGCGAAGAAAGGAUACCCCGGUGUUUAUACCGAAGUGGCAGCUUUCCGUGAAUGGAUCGAUUCUAAGUUAAACGCUUAAAUUCGAUACUGAAUCAAUUUUUUAUCGAUCGACCGAUAAUAAUUAUUUGUUCCUUUACAUUAUUAUGUUUGCGACUUAAUAUGUGGAUAAUUCUUUUAAUACGUUGGUACUAUUAUUGUUACAUUAAUAGUACUCGUGUUAUAAAAGUUUUAUGUACUUCUUAGAUGUACAUAAAUACAUAUAUAUUUCUAACAAUCGAAAUAAAUGCAUGAAGAUUAAAAUAGCAGUUAAGUUCAUGAUAAUCCACCAAGAAUCCUUCGUAAUCUAUCGAUUCUUAUCUACUCUAUCACAAAAGAAUAAAUUCUAUUGAAGGUAAAAGAUCAAAAUGAAAUAUAUCUAGCUUAUAGAAAGUGGCUAUCCAACUGGCUCUAGUUAUAUAUAUACGUCUCACAUAGUUGCGUUUCAAUCGGUUCUGUCGAUUGGCUCGGUUCAGGAAAGAGCAAAGGAAGGGAGUCAAUCGAUUGGAAGGGAAAGUAGUGCUGCUCUCAUUUCGUGUUUUUCACGAGACUUUUCCAACGUGUGCCCUUUUCAAAGCUUUCUGGCCUUUCUUUUCUUUUUUUAACUUCUUUCUCUUUCUUCUACAUAUUUUUUUUUCGUUCUUCUUUUUUUCUUUGUUCUUUUUCUUUUUUUAAUUCUUUUUUCCUCUUUUACAUCACCCUUUUUCCUCGCGUCUCUUCACGGGAUUGAAUUUUCGUUCGAUGAUGUUGGAAAAGUAUCAAAAACGAAGGAUAUACAUAUAUAUAUAUAUAUACACACACACACACAGACAUAUAUACAAACUGUACUGUCGAAAACUGUUUCACUGACGUAUUUGAUCUUCCAAGUGGCUUUCGAGACGCUUUUGAGUAGCAACAUAUUUCAAUAGAUCUUCAUUUUUAUGCAUAUUCUACUUAGAUAAACGAUAAGUCGGUACUUCACAUUUCAUAUACAUAGUUCAUACUUGUAUAAU